UACACAAGCUGUGUGAGUACAUAUAUAUUGGUGGGGGAGCAUUUGUAUGUUAUAAGAGGAAUAAUAAACACAAAAGAAACGGCAGCAACAGCAGCGAGAACUGGGAGCCUCGGACAAGUUUCAGACUUUGCAGAGAGCUUUGUCUGCCCCAGCCCGCCUCGGCUCUUGGAAAUUCUAGAGGCCGUAGCGACUACUAAGCUGCUGAAGAAGAAGAAGAAGAAGAUAUAAUGGGAAGAGGAGGAGGAGGAGCUGGAGGAGCAGGGGCAACAGCAAAACUGAGAAAAGCAGCCCGGAAGGUGGUGGUAGCAGCAGCAUAUGCAUGUGGCUCCUUCUCCAGGACUAAAGCUCUUGGAGACCUCCAUAGCACUCGCACUGCUCAAAAUAUCUCGGGUUCUUUAUCUGUGUCUAGCACAAGGGCAAAGAACAGUCAAGGAGAAGAUGUUGCAGAAGAAUCAGAAUUGUCCACCAACAAUGCCCCAACUUCUAAGAAUAUGUGUGCAAUAUGCCUGGAUCCUUUGAGUUACAGCAACAGGGGAAGUAGCCCAGGCCAGGCAAUUUUCACUGCCCAAUGCUCUCAUGCUUUCCACUUCACUUGCAUCUCCUCCAAUAUACGCCAUGGUAGUGUUACCUGCCCCAUUUGCCGUGCCCAUUGGACCCAACUACCCCGUAGUCUGAUCCCUCCUUGUGCUUCACUCUCUUCUUGCAACCAAAAUGAUCCCAUACUUCAACUCCUUGAUGACUCCAUUGCUACUUUCCGUGUCCACAGGCGGUCCUUCCUGCGCUCUGCCCGCUAUGACGAUGAUGAUCCAAUUGAGCCUGAUCACUUUCCUACUCGUCCCCGUCUUUGUCUCUCAUUAGUGCCCCUACCACCCAGUGCACCAUUUCAUUCACCUAUACAAAUGACCAGCCGCACCCCCUGCAGUUCCUCAUCAUUACUACAAUCACCAACUAGGCAAACACCUUGUAUCAGGUGCACCUCCUCAAAUAAAGCUUUUCUUUCAGUAAAAUUGUCACAUCAACAAGCAACUGACUUGGUCUUGGUUGCAAGCCCAAAUGGACCACACCUAAGGCUCCUUAAGCAAUCCCUGGCAAUGGUGGUUUUCUCCCUUCGACCCAUUGAUCGUCUAGCCAUUGUUACUCACUCAUCAGCUGCGGCACGAGUCUUCCCCCUCAGACGCAUGACAUCCUAUGGGAAGCGAGCUGCCUUACAAGUCAUUGAUCGCCUUUUCUAUAUGGAGCAAGCAGAUCCUUUUGAAGGCCUUAAAAAGGGGAUUAAGGUACUUGAAGAUCGUGUCCACAAAAAUCCAGAGUCUUGUAUCCUACAUCUAUCUGAUAGUCCAACACAAUCUUACCAUGCUGUCGAUAUGGAAAUGCUUGUUCCAAUCCAUAGGUUCCAUGUUGGGUUCGGGUUUGGCACUUCAAAUGGAUUUGUCAUGCAUGAAUUUGAACAGUUCUUAUCAAGAAUGCUGGGAGGCGUCAUUAGAGAUGUCCAGCUGAGGAUUGAAGAGGAUGUUGGAAGCUGCAGAAUCGUAAGGAUUGGAGAGCUAAAAGGCAGUGACGAAAAGAGGAUCUCAUUAGACUUGGGAGAGUACGGGCACAUUCGUGUUGGAUAUAGCUAUGUUGAAGGUGAGGUUGAUGAAUGCAUUAGAACAGGGGAAACUAUAGUGAGUAUAGGGGAUAAAAGCACUCCUACAGGAACCGCAGGGAGGGAUGUGAUCACUGGUGGGAGGACUAGUAGUGUUGAAAGUUGGGAUUACCAUGAUCCUUACAUGGCUAGAAGAUGGGCGAAGCAUUUACAUGGCUACAGGCUUUGAAUCAAUCCAAAUUACCCAACAAAGAUUUCAUGUUUAUAUCCAUACAAACCAACCACCAUUUAGAAAGAUGAUUUCAACCAUCCAGGCUGGUUAGUUGACUGGGCUUCUAAGCUCAAACACCACCGAAAAAAUAUGUGAAAUAUACUUUUACUCACCCUUGUAAUUAUAAUGAUGGAUUUAAAUUUAUUGAAACAUACUUGGUGCUGUCCUACACUUUUACCA